ACUGGUAUUCACAUGGGAUUACAACUCGUAAGACCAACACAUGCUUGUUAUUCUAACUGAAGCAAAUAAAUCAAUGAAUUGCCUCAAUCACAUCCCCCCAUAUCGAAUUUACGUAGCCACGUUUAGGGGACACAACAUACACAUUGGAAGUUACUAAAAGUUUUAAUUCCAAUUUGACUAUGCUUCUUCACGACCACAAAAAGGUUUUCCUUUAUUUUUAUAAAUCAAUAUGAUUGUUAUUCAUUCGAAAUUACCGCCCUAACGUGUGACACAGGGGUUGCUAAAACAACUCACAGAAAGUUAAACUUAAAACUACCACAUCACAAAGUUGACAGUCAACCAUAUUCAGCUUUGACAUCGUUUAUGGCGCCGUUUUCGGCCAAGUUGAGUACUAUUGAAUUGUAGAAAUAGUAUGGCGGACUUGCGGAAUGACACCGCUUCUCCGAUGGAUGGACAAACAGGGAACUCCAAUAACAUGCAGGAAAGAUCAUUAUUGCAGAAAUCUAAUAUAGUGAUGAAGGUGGAUGUGCCAGAGGAAGAAACAGCCACUUGUAAGAAUGAAGGGAAAAAAGCUUUCUGCUCUCCAGCUACUUAUACUUCGUCUUCUGGCAAACCUAUAUUUGGAAGCAGUGGUAAAAUAGGUUCAUCUGUUUUAGCCUCAGCUCACCUCAGCAACAUUGCUUCUGGUGGCAACCCAUUUGCUAUUAAACCAGCAGCCUUUGGAACAAUGUCAAAAUUAAGCUGUGCCAUCUCAUCAUCUUUACCCAAACCUGUGGUUCUGCGACCGUCGCAGCUGGCAUUCGCAACCACUGACUCUUCACAGCAAGCAACAUCUCAUUGCACAUUGUCCUUGAAACUGCCAUCUGUUGGAAAUCCAUUUGCUAGAGUGCCCCAGGACAGUGUAUCAACGUCUGCAACUGACGGAAUUAAAAAUGAAGAUAAUUCAGCAUCCUCAUCAGAGGAAGUUGGGGCCUGUGGCAGUAGCAGUUCACCAGAAACAUGUAGCACAAGCACUGUAAUCGAAACAGUGGGGCACAAAGAAAACAGAAAGGGUGCAGCAGAAUCAAAUUCAGAAGAGGUGGACAGAGGCAGUGUUACUAGUUGUGGAUCUCAGAAAAAUCUGACAGAAAUUAUUUCUCCUCCAAAGUUUGUGCCACUUGGCACUCCAUCAUGUCAGACAGAAGAAAGUUCAAGUCCAUGUGGAAGUAUAAGUUCUGCAAGUGCUGUCUCUACCACAACCAGCACAGCUGUGACCUCAUCCAGUACAUCAGCAUCAGUGACAGAGUUUGUGUUUGGUCAGAACUUGCAUGAAAGAGUUGCUGAGGCCGCGAGUCUUGAAACUACAGACACAAGUAGAACAUGCGAGGGAACGGAAACUUCAAAUAGCAUAUCUACAGUAUGUGCUUCUGCCACAGCAAAUGGUAUUUCAGAAAUGUUGUUUACAUCUGUCAUUAAGAAGGACCAAAACAAUGAGAGUAGCCAUAUGAGUAGCAACAACACCAUUGAUAUUGCUGAGAAACCUAGCAAGAGUUUAAGUGAGGCAGCACGGGAAUAUGAAGAGGCAAGAGCUGUAAAAAGGAAAUACGAAGAGGUUACCAUAGUCACCGGUGAAGAAGAUGAGGCUAAUGUACUACAGAUAAACUGCAAGCUGUUUGCGUUUGACAAAGCUGGUGGUACAUGGGUGGAGCGCGGACGGGGCACUCUUCGACUCAAUGAUAAAGACAGUGGGCCAGGAGGUGGAGGUGUUCAGUCACGAGUCGUGAUUAGGACAGCAGGGAGUCUCAGGGUUGUACUGAACACAAAGAUCUGGGCUGGGAUGUCUGUACAUAGACCCAGUGCAAAGAGUGUUCGUCUAACUGCCAUGGACAGUAGUGGUCAAAUCAAAGUGUUUCUUGUGAUGUCCAGCCCAGCGGAUAUAGAGCAGCUUCAUAAGUCACUGGAAUCUCGUGUACUUCUGGCUCAGCAGGCCGCUUCAUUAAAUCAGCAAACACAACCAGAAGCAGAAACAACGCAUGAGAACGUGGCUUCUCAUUCCCUUCCACCUGAACCCUGUUCGAAGAAAAGAUUGUCACAAGGUGUAGAAGAUACAAGCCCAUCCUCGCCAGUUCAUGGGUCCACUUUUGUAAGCACUUUUGAAGCUGGAAUCCAUAAAAUGUCUGGUGGUGAAAGAUGUAGCUCCAGUUUAACACCAGAGGGAAGUGUAAUACACUUUUCUAAAACAAAUAGAGAGGAAACCUGUACUUUGAUAGUGCCAGUAAAGACAUUGGAGACUACAAACUAAGUGUCCGAGAUUCAGCGGAAGAGUUGACUUUCUAGAUUCUGCAAUUUUAAUUUUCAUGAUAGGUGCAUUGUUGUACAUUACAUACAUAACUUUUGCCAGUAAUACAGGUUUUCUGUGUCUCUUUCUUUUUGUUGGCAAAGUUGAUAUUCCUGUCAGAUUGUGGUAUGCAAUGUUUAUGACAUGACAUUCAUACUGGAAAGAUCAGUUAUUGUAUCUUAUGGGACUAGCUGGAUGAAAGUGACCCCAUAAUUAACCUCCUAACAUUUAUUAAAUGAAACAUUGUUUACUACUGUGUAAGUUUAUUACUGUAACGUUUAAGUAUAUGAGGUUCGACUUGAGAAAUCAGUCACACAGACUGCUGAAAUGAACUAGGCUAUUAUGAAGACAAUGUUGCUUCUUUAUCUUAACAUAGCAAUUGUGACUAUUUACCUUUUUUUGCAUUAAAAUACCAAGGUAUGCAAAGUAAUUUCUUGAACAUGGACAAAUAUUAUUAAUUAAUAAAAUGGCUUAGAAAAUGCUACCACAUAAUUAUGUAUUUAAAUCUUAAAAACUUAAUGUUAUAGCGUAUACGUAAUAGUAAAGAAAUUAAGACCUCUUGAUGUGACAUUCGAAGUUUUCUUGGCAGUGAUGAUGAUUAUGUUCUUCCGGGUUGCAACACCGUGUAGACUCACAGGAAAAUAUCUGCAUUUCAGAUAAAUUUACUGUCUCCAUCUUUGGGGCUUUCUGAAAUGUUGGUGUCUACUGUUGUCUAUACAGUGUUAUAACCCAGUAGAACAUCAUCGUUAAGACUUGAUGAAUUUAUACUCCAAACUGAGAAAGUUUAUGAAAAACAUCAGAUUAUUGUUGAGGCCUGUAGUGUGGUACUAGACUGUGUAGGAUGUCCUGAUUCAAACAUUAAAUAUAUUAAAUAUUUUAUUCAUGGCUAGAGGAUUGGAAACAAUUUGGUUACAUUGUGUUGUUGAUAAAGUGAAUAUUCCUGGUAUUAGUUUAUUGUGCUUCUGUGUGACGUAUGAUGUAAUGAUAAGGAGAAGAGUGAGUCAGGCCAAGAUUACAUGUGAUUAGUUGUAGCCAUGUUGGAAUCUGUCAAGCUGUGAUAGGCUGACUUUAAAUGAGUUUUGUCAGCUGUAUUUUGAAGUGUCCAUGUAUUUAGCAUUAACAUUUUAUGUGUGGCUUUGUCCCUGUUUGUAAGGAAAAUUAGGACUGUGAGACUGGGCAUCUGAAUUAUUUACUAGAGAGAAAGUCUUAUAACAUUGUAUUAUUAUUAUGUGGUUGUUUCUUUGGGUAAAUUAAUUGUUUCAGAUUAGAGAAAUCAUUCAGAUAUCGCACAUGCACACUUAUAUAUAUAUUCUGAUUUGGGAACUAAUUAUGAAACUUUAUUCAUAGUAGAUUUUUAACAAUUUUGAGCACUGAAUAUAUUUCUGACGAGCUCCAUAGUUACAUGGAUUACUUCAAAGGCUGGAACACAACAGUUAUUUGUUCUCCAGUAGGUUAUUGAAUACAGCAAUUCAUUACAGUAGAAAAGUAUUUUUUGUAAAUUCUGUUAUGUAUUGGAAAAAAUGUUGAUAUACCUAUAUUAUUUAUAUUCCAGUUAUAUUUGAGAAAUUUGAAAGUGCGUCUCUGCAAAAUUGAGACACUUUGGCUCCAUUACACUUCUGGCAUUGUCUUUGUAAACAUCUUUUAGCUUAUAAUUUUGUUUCUUACAUCAUAUCCUCAUCUAUACCACUGUAUGGUUUUCUUUCAUGAUAACCAUUUACAGUUGUUAUGUUUCUACAACAAAAACUGGUAAAGUCCUUGCUUCUUUCUGGGAUUAAUUCUUAUGGUCCCAACGCAGUGCAGUAAGCCCUAAAUAUCCAUAAUUAUUUUUUUCCGUAACAAUCCUGUGGAUACAGAAAUAUUGAAUCCUAUGUUUAAAUGACAACUUGUUGCUGAAACUUAAGCAUUAUACUUAUUUUUAGGUAAAUAAGCACAAAUAUAUGGACUAAUUUAAUUGCAGUCUAUUAUAUAAAUACAUAUUUAUACAUACAGGUCUGUGUAGAAUUAAAUUUUAAGUAUUGAAUUUUGCAACAUCUUUGUAUUCUUGUUUAUGAACUACAGUUUUUAUUUUUGUAAGAAGUGUUCCUGAUUCAUAUCAUAUAUUCAUCAUUCAUAUUUCAGCUUAAGAAUCAGCAAUAAUUUUCAAUUUUGUUUCGUAGUUGUAACUGCUCUUUAUUAACUGACUGCAGACAUGGCUACUGAUUUUAUCAUAUAAAUAAAUAAGGAAAAUAUCACUAUACUACCGACUUGCAAAACAGUGAGAUUGCUGUUAGUAAACGAAGGCUUGUUACACAACUACAUGCCCUGUGAAUAAUAUUACAGAUGUCGGGCGAUUAAAAAAUUAUGAAUAAAGGAAACCAAUGAUGGUGUGGGAACAGUGGUAUUGAACCAACAGAUAUGAGAAAAGAAGGAUUCAGAGCCAAUAGAUAAUGAGGGCUCACCGUAUUAUAGUUUUUAACUUCCCAUACUUAAAUGUUUUUUCUAGUUUAUAUUCAAGCCAUAAAUAGGACAUUCAGAACAUAAAUGUAGUAGGUUUAGAAAAGUUAGUUUUGAAUUAUUCAUUGUCAAAGUAGAAACCAGGUUAAAAUUUGGGGGGGGGAAAAAUUGACUUGAUUCAAUUGUGCACUGAAAUAUAUUUUGAUUUAUUUUUUUUAUUUUUUAGCCAUGUAUUCUUCCAGUUUCAUAGUAGAGAAGUCAGGGUGUUUUUAUCUGAAUUACCUCAAAAGAGGCUGUUCUGUAACAUCUGAUCCAAUUUGGUGAGAAAACACUAUCUUUAGACUUGCUGAACCAAUCAAACUGAAGUCAGCAUUAUUUGGAAUAAGUGCAUAUCCUGAUACCAAGAACUUCAGAGUUACUUUUACUGGAUUUUUGGAUGUCAUCCAUUAUGUAGUAUUCUGAAACUUUUUUUCUAAACUGGAUCUGUUUCUGUCCUCAGGUGAAAAGGUGGGGAAUACUUAUUCAGUUGGAUUCCUUAGAAAAAGUCAGCUAAAGCUAUAUAAGUUCCUAAGAUUAGGUUAUGUCAGCAGUAGACAAUAAUAAUAUUUAAAAUAAAUGUUGUGGAAAUACCAAAUAAUUGAAUAGAAAUUAACUAACUUGACCACACUAAGGUAAAAAAGCAGCAUAAACUCUUAGGACCUAUCAAAUUUGCCUAUAGCUUACUAAUCUUGCUGAUAAGAAGAACCAGAUGGGAGAAAUCUCCAAACUAAGUUGUCUGAUUGGAUUAAUCAAACACAAACAAAGAUUUUGUGAACCUCUCUGUCUCAGUUUCAUACCAGAUAUGCAUAAAACCAUUUUUGUGAUUGAAAUAAUGUAUGCCAAGUUUGUAUACAUUUAAGUUCCUCUUGUAGUGUCCUACUGAAGUACUAAGGUUUGAGAAUGGCAACACCUUUUGUAGGUUAUGUGAGAAUGUAUUGUUGAUGUCAACAACUAGUUGCAUGCAUUCCCUGACCUAUUAAUCUUUUAAUAUGUGUGCAUCUUUAUUCACUUUCAGAAAAUUCUUCUUUGCUUCAACUUUGUCAAUAUAAAUCUCUUAUGUUAUUCCCAUUAUAAAAGCUACAAGCAUUCUGAAGAAUGGACUUCAUUGAAAAACAGUGUUUAGAGAAUUUGAAUUUGACUGGUGUUUUCUUCAGUGCAUUUCUUCAUAUAUGGGCAGUACAUUUUGUGUAUUGUUAAACGUAGGCUGCGUUUCUUUCGUGGUUUCUCUUCUGUCUGUAAUCACUGUAAUAUUUAGAAGAGGAUAUUUUCUCGAACAAAAUAUUACAGCGAUAUAUAUAUUAAGCACAUGCUCAACGUUUCUGUAAUAUCUGAACUUAACACUACAUGUUUGAAUGUCCCAAAUAUUUCACUAUCCAUUAUUCAGUAUUUCUGUGGGCUCCUGCUUCCUUUUACAUUUUUCAGGACGUUAUAAAUACAAAAUUGUGAUAUUAUUGUAGUUGUGCGCUUUAAAGAUACUGGCUACCUGAAACUGUUUUAAAAUCAAAGUAGGCUGAUAGUUAUUUUCAUUAAUCAUGAUGUGUGUACUAAUAUGUAAGAACAGAAGUGAAGAACUGAAAUGAUACUUAUGCACCCAUUGCCAACAUGGUGACUUACACUUCUUAAAAUACUAGGUUUUUUUGGAGGGGGAGGAGUCUCUUUGUAAAGUGAUGUUUUCAGGAAUUUGUAUGUGAUGUAAAAAUUAUUUAAGCCAACAUGUGAGAGUGGUUAAGAUUUUACAUGGAUUUUGAUUGUAUGAUGUCAGUAAGUAAUCUUACCUGUUUUAUAUUAGGCAUGUGGAUGAUAUGUAUAAAAGGGACAUCAGCAUAUAGCAGUGUCUGCGAGAAAUAUUAAGAAUUCCAAGUCAAAUUUGAAUUCCCCAUAUAUGUCUAAAUUAAACUUCUGUGUUGUUGCUUUGUGUUUAUUUUCUCGUUUCAUUCAAAAGAAUGCCUGUUCAGAAACACAAAACUUACAAAUAGAGAAUGAUACCUUUGAGAUGAUGGAAUUCAAUACAACUUCAGAUGUAAAUAAUGUGUUUCGAUCUUCAUCUUUUGUUGGAAUUCCUUGACCAAGAUCUUUUUUAAAGACUUCCUGUUAAUUUGAACAUGAUUAUUAUGAAGCACUGAUCUUGAAGAUCUGAAAUGUGUUAAUUUCUGAAGAAAAUAAAACCGAUUUCUGGUCUGUUGUGUUCCAACAGCUUAUUAAUAGUAAUGAAAUAAAUCAGUAAGAUGAAUUUGACUGAUUUCAUAACAUGUGUACACAAAAAAGUAACUUGUAGCUCAUGCCGGCAGAAGUGCUCGACAAAUUAAAUAAUGCAAUCCCUUUCCAACCGUGGGGUUACAGUCGAGAGAAUCACUGAUUGGAAAUACUAAGGCAUUAUGGGAAAGUGAGAGUUUGGUUUAACCUUCAAUUAGGUUUCCUUUUCUUUUGCUAUACACAGUAAAUACAUUAACAUGUUUAAAAAUAAUACCUCUACAUGUAUAUACCAAUUAAAAUGAUGAUGUGAUGAGGUAUAUUAUUUACCUUUCAGACACUAGAUUAAUGAAAGUUGAAGUCUUAGAAAAAAAAAACAUCAUUCAUGAUGAUGUAAUUAUGGUUAUGUUCAUCCAUUUCCAUUGCAGCCAAUUUUUCCUACAUAUACACAAAAUACCAAAUAUCGUGGAUAGAAAAAUGGGUUACAAAAUUUAAAACCAUGGUUCACAGCUGGCAAGGGACUGCUGUUAUAUGGCUAAAGUGAUAUUUGUAGAAUUGAGUCUUGAAACUUAAUUUUGUGAUAUGUAGCAUUUGAAAUGAGUAUUAAAUUCCACAUUCAUGGCACACAAUAAGUAAAUAAAAGUUCUAGAGGGUUCUGGUGUUCAUUAACUGAUGUCAUUGAUUUAAAAUGGUUGUUGGUGUAUUAUCUGUUUCCUGAUAUUACUCGCCUGUUGUGACAUUUGCUUUUCUUUACUGUAAGAAAUUACACAGUCCUAAAUAUUAUACUGAUGUGUUUAUAAAGAAUGAAGGCUAGCCACAAUGUUUCCAAUAUUGAAGACGCAGGAACAGGUGCGGUUAUAAUAACUAUAUUGGCAUAAACCUGCUUAGUAUUUGCUACAGAUUUUAUGCAAAGAUAUCAGUGCAGAUAAUCAACAAAAUAAUUGAAAUAAUACUCGAUCAGCAUAAUUUUCAGAAAGAUCCUGUACCAACUGCAUAUUUUCAUUGCAUCAGCUGAAUAAAGAACAUGGGGAGUUUAACAUCCCAUCA